GCAUCGGUCCAAGAUGAUGUCACUGAUCGAUCUGGACGAUGAUCAGAGAUGGGUGCCCACUCACGUGAAUGUCACCGUCCUCCGCGGGAGAGGACUGCGGACCAAGGGCAAGCACGGCAGCCGCUACCUGUACACCAUCAUCCAGGUGGGGAAGGAGAAGUACACCACCGGGCUGGUGGAGAAGGCGGAGGUGCCCGAGUGGAAUGAGGAGUGCUGUUUCGAGCUUCUCCCGGGGAUCCUGGAGGACGGCGGCCGGAGCUCCUACCCCCCAGGGAGCGGAGACCUGGUCCUCACCGUCAUGCACCGGGUGCUCAUCGGCCUGGACGUGUUCCUCGGUCAGACCAUCAUUCCUCUGGAGAAGAUCUUUCAGGACGGGAUGUGUCCUCGAGAUGAAUGGUUUAAACUCAACUCCAAGGCGGGACGGAAGGAGAAGGAACGUGGUGAACUUCAGGUCACGGUCCAGUUCACGCGCAACAACAUGACAGCCAGCAUGUUCGACCUCACCAUGAAGGACAAACCUCGCUCUGCGUUCGGCAAACUGAAGGAUCGCGUCACAGGCAGGAAGAGGGGGGACAUGGAGUCUUCCUCGGCCAUUGUGCCGGGCCGUUACGCAGCCCUGUCAGCGUCCCUGGGACCGCCGUUUGGAGAGGACGGUGGCGUUCCGAUGGAAUCGCGAGAUGUGGAGAUAGUAGCGGAGGAGAAGAGGAGUAAGGUGAGAUUUUUCAAAGGAAGGCUGCGGAAGUCUUCUGACACCAGGUCGUGCUCGUCGCUGGCUUCAGACAGUAGCAUGUCUUCUAUGACCAGUGAAAACCCCGGCCCCCCUAACCCUCCACCCAGCCUGGACCUGAUGUCUGACCCUCCAAGUUCUCCCAUCUACAGCAGCAAAGUGAGAGCGGACACCCACUAUGGAGAGGCAGAUUUAGCUAAAAAAGUGCUCACCAGCCAGCACACCACGAGGGUUCUCACACACAAGCGAGCUUUCAGCGAUGAAGCCAGCAAGAUCACAACAGCCUUCCCGCGAACAAAUCCUGCACUGGAGUCUCUCAAGGGUCAGACCAUGACUCAGUCCAAGUCUUCUUUGUGUAUAAAUGGGAGCCACGUUUACGACUCCGAGCCGUCCACUCCAAGGAUUUCAGGAGCCCAUCCGUCUAAGCUGGUCCUGUUGGAGAAGUGCUCCCCGCUGUCUCGCUCCCUGCAGAACAUCACCAAGAGAAGUGAAGACAAAGGCUCCUACUUAGAGGGCCGGCGCUGGUCUUUUGACAAGAUGAAGAAAGAUGAAAAAGAGGAUGAAAAGGAAGCUCAGGCAUCAUCUCCAUCCAGUCAGAAAGCCCAGGCAGGAGGUCGCGCUGCUCAGGCGGCCUUGCCAGUUGUCCCGUCUGCUGCUGGCUCCCCUGAGAAAGGGAGGAAGCUAAGAAUGACGUUAUUCUCUGGGGGGAGGAGUGAGUCUCUCCCAGCUAAGUCUGACUUGAACCAGUCGUCUACAUCUGAGGGGAGGCUGAGAGGCUGGUUUGGCUCAGGUGACUCCCAGAACAAGCCAAGGCUGGAAGUUUCUCCUAAGGUAGAAAGCAGCCCAGACGUACCCCCUCCCCUCCCUCCUCGCUCCCCUGUACCCCCUCAGUCCUCCUCUGCCUCCCCCUCAGGUCAUGUCUCACCUGACGACUACAGUCACACCAAUCCUUUCUCCUCUUCUCCUGCCUCAACCCCCAUCUCCCCUUCCAAUCCUUUCCCCUCACAUAUGCAACACAACCCCUUCUUUGAGGAGCUCAUAGCUAAAGACUUGCAGAAGUCCACAACUUUAGCUCUUUACUCUCCUAGCUCAUCGCCCUUCCAUUACACUACUGUGCCAUCUUGCCCCUGCACGCCCAAUCCUGCUCACAGUGUCAAUGCUCCAAAUAUAGCUUCCAUUAAGCGGGAUCGCCCCAGGCCCGUAGCUAGACAGAUAUCCCUCCCUGCAUUACUGCCCAAAGCAGGCAACCAUUACUCCUCUAACUACGCAGCCCCUCGUUCAAUGUCGGAGACAUCAGGAGAAUGGGACGACUCCUUUGAUGCCUUUGCAUCAAGCAGACUGAACUCCCCUAAAGGGAGUCUUCCUCAGCCAAGAACUAGUCAAACUUCCUCUGGUAGACGUAGUAAUCCUCCAAUAAACACCAAAAGUCUUGCACAAGAACUGGAAGCAUGUGAGGAGGAGCCUCCACCUUUGCCUCCAAGGAGACUUUUACGGAACUCAGUGAACGAGAUCUACUCUGACGGCUGGCUGCACAGAGGUCAAGAGCUCGCCGUCCACAAAGAAGCCUACCUGCUCUCACAGACCGGCGUGGCCUCACUGCAACGUGAAAGAGAGGGUGAAUCAAAGAGAAACAGUAUAUCUCCAGACCCUCACACAGGCAGCGAGACCUCUGACUCCCUGAGUGUUCACUCCCAACCUUCCACAAAUGUUACUUCACCUGUAUUUGUGUCCGAAGAGAGGCUGAAGAAGUUUAAGUAUGAGCCUUUGGAAGAUAACGCUGACUGCUGGCGAGGGAUGCUGUUUGAGCAAGACUUGUAUGGACGUGUAUGUCGAGGACGCUACGGACAACCCAAAGUAGACGGCCAUCUUUCAUCGAUGCAUGCUGAAGAAGCUAGAAACAUCAUAUCAAUGAACUCCGGUUCUAAAAAGUUUCUGGAUAGUGAGAUACCAGUUGCCGACCUAUUGAGCUUGUCAUCCGUCAGUGGCUCAAAGCGAGAGGGAAAGGUCCAAGAGAUGAAGCCUACUUCAGGAGAGGAGAGAGAGUCUGAACCAGAAACUGAAUGCAUCAACAAUAAUGUGUCUUUCUCUCCAGCUUUGGGAGAUUUAAACAUGAAUGUUAAUCAUUCAGAUUUUGGAUUCAUUGACUCAGAUGGCUCUUCACAGUCAGAGGUAGUCGACACUCUCAGAGGCAUCAACAGUUUUAGUGGGAUUGUUUCCCAGCCGCCAGAAGAUUCACAGAUAGCUCCUUUCUGUUCAGACACAGCCACCCCACCAGAGGAUUUGUUCACCUUAAAGGACACCUACAUACCUGAGAUGAACUCUUCCUUUGAAAUAACAUCAUCUUCUAACAAACUGUGCAAAGUCUCGCUGGUUUGCCAAGACAAUUGCCAAGAUUGUCGAUGUGACCUGUAUAACGGGGCACCACCUUGUAACUCCAGGGUAACCAGCGAGAUGAUUACUGCUUUAACUUCACAAAAGCAAACAUCUAAUCGGUCUAAGGUUGAAACUGAACCGAGACAGGCUCCACUAGGAAGUGACUUAAAAAUGACACAAAAGGACUUUGAUGAUAAUGGAAACCCCCAAAGCAUAGCUAAUCAGAAGGAGUCAUUCUCAGGUGUGGUUAGUGCUCGCUUUAGACCAAAAGGAGUGUCCCAGCAGAACAGUGGGGGAAGCCCAAACCUCCAAAGCAUAAGCAGUGACAGAGAGUUUGAACAGCUGUUGUCUCUUGUUAAAAAUAUCUCAGGAGUCAGCGAAGGACCUUUGUCUUAUCAGCCCACUAAAUCAGCUCUUUCUAGCUUACUGUCCUUUAAUAAGCAGACCGAUUCCCAAACAGAGAGCAUAGUCAAAGACCAAACUAACCCUGAUCAGUUUCAGAGCACAUCACCAGUAUCUUCAAAUGUUCACAUAAUGCCUCAAAAGUGUGUAGCAGGAAAAUCAUCCGACAUCAGUUUUGAAGACCUUCAUGCAAAAGUUGCCCCGAACUCGAGAACCCCUUCAAAGACAAAGAUUGGGCAAUCUUUGCAAGACCCCGAGCGCUCCUCUCUCUCCACCCCUUGUGCACUCUCUCUGUCAGCUGAUACACAAGCAGCCCUCCAACCCACCCCUGUCUGUCGCCCCUCCAUACAUCCUUCAAGCACGGGGUCCUGUGCUGGAGCCAGCAGUACUCUGGCCGUGGCCCCCUACUCCACCACCUCCUCCUACUACUCUACCACCUCCACCACUGACCAGCCCCCGAGCGAUGCACGCCACUCACUUUUGCCUGAGGAGACUCAGCCAGCUAGCGACCUGCCUCAUCAGCAGAGCAGACCACAUCCAGUGAAGCCGUUAACCUCCAGCCUAUCAGAGAAGAAAGAGAGCCGUUCUGUUCUGGACAAGCUGAAGUCCACCAUCCACCCUGGACGCACCGCCGGCCACCAGGCGGCAGCAGAGCCUGAGAAGAGUCAGGAGGCGAUGGUGCACGACGCUGCGCAGUAUCAGCACCUGACCAACAUGGAGCUGAUCUCUCUGCUGCUGCAGCAGGAGAUGGACAUGCAGAAGCAGCAGGCGGCGUCCGAGCGGCAGGGGGCGCAGCUGCACAAAUGUGAAGCGGAGCUGAAGAAGGUCAAGUCUCAGGUGCGAGACCUGGAGGACUACAUCGAUAAUCUUCUUCUGCGCAUCAUGGAGCAAACACCCACGCUGCUUCAAGUGCGCUCCAGACACAAGUGACCCCGUGCUGCUGCGGGCGCUCUUUGAACUCUGGGGCUUUUUAUUUCAAGAUAUGAACCUUCUUCUUGUGUCCAGGUGGUCUCACUGCUCAAACUGUCCUGUUCAUGGAGACACGUGGCGUCCCACCUGCAUGCUGGUUGCUCUCUGAGUUUGGCAGAAAACAGAACGAAAUAUUUAAACGAGAAAAAGCUUUUAUCAAAGAAGACGCAAAAAAACAACACUAGCCACGCUUACUAGAAGAACUUCAGAGUAGUCAGCUGUUGUCACUUUAAAACACUUUUUUAAAAUGUCUUCAUUUAUUUUUAUUUUAAGUUUAAUCAACCUUUAAAACAAAAGUGAGUGUCUUCAUGUCAGCCUGUUCAGUGGAAUGUAAACAAAGGUGACUUCAUAUAUUUAUCAUUUAGGAGCUGUUUGAAAUCCUGCAUCUUCACGUCUUUAAUCACCAACAUGAAUCUUUCUGCACUUUGUUUCAAUAAGUUAUUUGUAUAGAAUCCUUCGUCAUGAUAAUAUAUUCUCCAACUCCUCGUAGCACCACUGUAGCUACAUGCUUCACAUGACCGCAGUAUACUGUUAUACAAUAAAGA